UCCGGCCAAAAUGUGUAGUGAAUGUUACGUGAAUCAGUCAUUUGUCAACGAUGAUGGGACCGUGAACGAGCACAAGCCACGCUCCGCUCCAGCGCCACUGCAGACCAACAGCAACAGCAGCGGGGUUAUCUUAGACAUCUCCAACCUAAAGAUGGAGCAGCAGGAGACUGAGGUGCCUCCGCUGCCGCCACGCUUCCGCUUCAGAGACUUGCUGCUCGGGGACCAGAGCUUCCAGAAUGAUGACAGGGUACAGGUCGAGUUUUAUGUGAAUGAAAACACCUUCAAGGAGCGUCUGAAGCUUUUCUUCAUCAAAAACCAAAGAUCAAGCCUGAGGAUUCGUGUGUUCAACUUCUCCCUGAAGCUGCUCACCUGCCUGCUAUAUAUCAUCAGAGUGGUGACAGACAACCCCGGUCAGGGCGCCAGCGCCAGCCACAGCGCAGGACAGCAGACUGCUCCCAAUGGCAACAACAAAUGGGAGUUGAUCUUCUGGGUGGAUAGAAAGGUUCCUGUCUGGGCCAUUCAAGUGAGUGUGGCCAUCAUUAGUUUCCUGGAGACUAUGUUACUGAUGUAUCUGAGCUACAAGGGGAACAUUUGGGAGCAGAUAUUCCAGGUGUCCUUUCUUCUGGAGAUGAUCAACACAGUUCCCUUCAUCAUUACAAUCUUCUGGCCCUCUCUUCGGAACAUCUUCAUUCCCGUGUUCCUCAACUGCUGGCUGGCCAAAUGUGCUCUGGAGAACAUGAUUAAUGAUGUCCACAGGGCGAUCCAGAGGACAAACUCAGCCAUGUUCAACCAGGUCCUCAUUCUCAUCUGCACCUUACUCUGCCUGGUCUUCACUGGCACAUGUGGAAUCCAACAUCUGGAACGAGCAGGCAAGAACCUCUCUCUCUUCAAUUCCUUCUACUUCUGCAUCGUCACCUUCUCCACCGUGGGCUUUGGAGACGUGACUCCCCGCAUAUGGCCCUCCCAGCUGCUGGUAGUCAUCAUGAUCUGUGUGGCUCUGGUGGUGCUGCCUCUGCAGUUUGAGGAGCUGAUCUACCUGUGGAUGGAGAGGCAGAAGUCUGGAGGGAAUUACAGCCGCCACAGAGCACAGACAGAGAAACAUGUAGUACUGUGUGUCAGCGCGCUCAAAAUAGACCUGCUCAUGGAUUUUCUCAAUGAAUUCUAUGCUCAUCCCAGACUGCAGGAUUACUAUGUGGUGAUCCUGUGCCCAAGUGAAAUGGACCUGCAGGUGCGGAGAGUGCUGCAGAUCCCUCUGUGGUCACAAAGGGUCAUCUAUCUGCAAGGAUCUGUUCUCAAAGACCAGGAUCUGCUGAGAGCCAAAAUGGAUGACGCAGAGGCUUGUUUUAUUCUAAGCAGUCGCAACGAGGUAGAUCGCAUGGCUGCGGACCAUCAGACCAUCCUGAGAGCCUGGGCUGUGAAGGACUUUGCUCCUAAUUGCCCCCUUUAUGUCCAGAUACUCAAACCUGAAAAUAAGUUCCAUGUUAAAUUUGCAGAUCAUGUUGUGUGUGAAGAAGAGUUCAAGUACGCCAUGUUGGCUCUUAACUGUGUUUGUCCUGCCACCUCCACCUUGGUCACACUGCUUGUACACACCUCCCGUGGACGAGAAGGACAGCAGUCACCGGAGCAGUGGCAGAGGAUGUACGGAUGUUGCUCUGGCAACGAGGUGUACCACAUCCGACUGUGCGACAGCAAGUUCUUUGGGGAGUAUAAUGGCAAAAGCUUCACAUAUGCCUCCUUUCACGCUCACAAGAAGUACGGCGUGUGUCUGAUCGGUAUAAAGAGGGAAGAGAACAAGAGCAUCCUGCUGAACCCUGGCCCGCGCCACAUCAUGGCUGCCACCGACACCUGCUACUACAUCAAUAUCACUAAGGAGGAAAACUCAGCCUUCAUCUUUAACCAGGAGGAGAGGAAGGGCCGCCCUGCCGGGGGAAUCUACGACGGACCCUCACAGCUUCCUGUGCACAGCAUCAUCGCUAGCAUGGGUACUGUUGCCAUGGAUCUUCAGAACACGAGUCCACCUGACGUCUCAGGUGAUAAACUAGUCCCGCCUACAGUAAACGGCACAGGGAGCCGCCGGCCGAGCAUCGCUCCAGUUCAGGAGCUCGCUGACUCGUCCUCAAUCCUGCCAUGCGACCUCCUCAGUGACCAAUCAGAAGAUGACUCCGUCUUCAUAGAUGACAAAGACCACUCAUCUACUGAGUACGUGAAAGGUUAUCCCCCUAACUCUCCGUACAUUGGGAGCUCGCCCACCUUGUGCCAUCUGUUGGCUGAAAAAGCCCCGUUCUGCUGCCUACGACUGGACCAGGGUUGCAGGCACAACAGUUUUGAGGAUGCCAAGGCUUAUGGUUUUAAAAACAAACUCAUCAUUGUGUCUGCGGAGACUGCGGGGAACGGUCUCUAUAACUUCAUAGUGCCUCUCAGAGCUUAUUACAGACCCAGGAAAGAACUCAACCCCAUUGUCUUGCUGCUGGAUAACCCUCCAGAUAAUCACUUUCUGGAGGCCAUCUGCUGUUUCCCUAUGGUCUACUACAUGGCUGGGAGCAUAGACAAUCUUGACAGCCUGCUGCAGUGUGGCAUUAUCUACGCCGAUAAUUUGGUUGUUGUGGAUAAAGAGAGUACGAUGAGUGCCGAGGAAGACUACAUGGCUGAUGCCAAAACGAUUGUCAAUGUACAGACGAUGUUCAGGUUGUUUCCCAGUCUCAGCAUCAUCACAGAGCUUACUCAUCCAUCCAACAUGAGAUUCAUGCAGUUCAGAGCAAAGGACUGCUAUUCACUGGCUCUCUCCAAGCUGGAGAAGAAGGAGCGAGAUAAAGGCUCCAACUUGGCUUUCAUGUUUCGCCUACCCUUCGCUGCAGGCAGAGUGUUCAGUAUCAGCAUGCUGGACACUCUGCUCUAUCAGUCUUUUGUGAAGGACUACAUGAUCCUUAUUGCGAGGCUGCUGCUGGGACUGGACACCACUCCUGGAUCAGGAUACCUCUGUGCUAUGAAAGUGACAGAGGAAGAUCUAUGGAUUAGCACUUACGGCAGACUGUUCCAGAAACUCUGCUCCUCUAGUGCCGAGAUUCCCAUCGGGAUCUAUCGGACAGAAUCCCACAUUUUCUCUACAUCUGAGCCAAAGUCAUUAAGACCCCAGUCUCAGGUGUCAGUCAGUGUCGACGACUGCGAGGAUACCAAGGACAGAGGGGAUGAGUCUCGCGGCAACGACCAAUCAGAUCACCCCCUGCUGAGGAAGAAGAGCAUGCAGUGGGCGCGGCGGCUCAGUAAGAAAAGCGUGAGGUGGCAGGGGGCGAAUCGGGACUCGAGCAAGGACCACGCCCAGCGCAUCGCCCAGCAGCGCCUCAACCUCUACCGACGCUCCGAGAGGGAGGAGCUGUCUGAACUGGUCCGCAACCGCAUGAGGCAUCUGGGCCUGCCCACCUCAGGAUAUGAUGAACAGAACGAUCACCAAAACACCCUGUCGUACGUCCUGAUCAACCCUUCUCCUGACACCAGGCUGGAGCUCAAUGACAUUGUGUACUUGAUUCGUUCGGACCCUCUGGCACACGUCCCCGAGGAGCCUCCUGUCCACAGCAGCAGCCUGAAAGAGAGACACGAGUCCAGCAUAGACACCAGAGAGGACACCCAGCUCUGAUAGCAUGCUGACCUUCACUGGUACACUCCUUCCUAAUCUCCCCCUUCAGUUUUCAUGGGGGGUGUGGCUGUGUCCACACAGGUCCAGUCUGACAGAGGACAAUUUGUGCUAUUAUGUUCCAGCACGGCAGUCUACCGCUGUAUUAUACGAGUGCCUACUGUUUGGCAGAUGAUGUUUGACGUCAUCUGUGACAUUUUCAUCCUCUUGCCACAGACACUGUAUGUAUGAAUAGUGCA